CACUUCCAUCCAUUUCUUCUUCACGACUCUCCGCUAUAUUUUCCGAUUUCAACUUGUUCACGGAACGUCUCCAUUUCUUCUGCACGGGUCUCUGUUUUACUUUCGACUUCAUCUCCGGCGGACGCUUCUCCACUUCCAUCCAUUUCGAUUUCAGGUUUCAGUAUGGCUUCGACAUCAACUAACGGUCUCAUGUAUAAUGCAGCUUAGUAAGCAGUUUAUCACAUUUAGUAAGCAGGUUGACUAUGUUGUCGGAUCAAAACAAGACUGUCAAGAUCCUUGGGUGAAUGUUGAUUACAUUUACUCUCCAUUCAAUAUCCAUGGCAAUCAUUGGAUUCUAUUAUGCUUGGACUUGGUACGUUGUCAAGUUAAGGUAUGGGAUUCGCUUCCGUCGCUGACGAGUGCCGAAGAUAUGAGAAGCAUAUUAGAGCCAAUUCAAGAGAUGGUGCCAAAUUUGCUCGAUGCUACUGGAUUCUUUGUUAGGAGAGGCGGAUCAUCAACACACAAGGAACCUUGGCCACUUGUCAUUGUCGACUCCAUUCCACUUCAACGCAACAAUAGUGAUUGUGGUGUAUUUACAAUUAAGUAUUUCGAAUAUGAAGCUUCUGGUUUAGAUGUAGCUACAUUAUGUCAAGAAAACAUGUCAUAUUUUAGAAAACAAUUGGCAUUUCAAUUAUGGACCAACAAUCCCAUGUAUUGACUUUUA